CAGGCUUGUAUUGAUGAAUAUGGCAGCAUGUCUCCUCCUCAUUUUCCAGAAAGCCUCAUUACAAUUUCAGCCACACCUGGUGAAGGUGCAGUUAAAGAAUUAAGUUAUCCUGUCACAUUGCAAGGAAUAACAGAAUCUGAUAUUGAGAAAAUAAACAUUGUAUUAACAAUAGGUGACUUCCAGCAAGCAUUUGCUGGCUCUAUUGCUUCAAAUGCAGGGCCACUUUCUCCAGAUGAUGAGGAGUGGAAACUAGCAGGAAAAGUACUACGAGAAAACUCUGAUAAAUUUUUAAAAAUUCUGGCAGCCCCGAAUAACCUAUCAGCUGUCAUUAUGAGCUUCUAUGCUAAAGAGCUAAUUUCUGAUGCAACUGUCACCGAGUGUAUGAAUGAUGGCAGACCAGUACAUGAUAGAUGUGCUUCAUUACUGUUUGCUCUUAAAGCUACCAUUGAUGGGAAACCUCAGGCAAUGAAUACUUUAAUUGAAGUAUUGAAAGAAAAUGAAGCAUUUACAGAAAUUGCUGAUAAAAUGGCACAGUCAUUGAUCAAUCCUUAGUUCCUUAGCUGUAAAUUUUGAACUUUUUGUAAUGGUAAUGUCAAUGUGAAAACA